AUGCGCAUCGAAGGUCCACGACACCACGAGGGGAAGCUCGUCAAUCUGCAGCUGCAUCGAAGCGCGACGGAGAUUCUGGCAUUUGAGGGGGACACCGUCGUCUUCGGAGUAGACAUGGGAGCCUGUUCGCAGAGUUUGUACGCUUCAAUGCCUGCGCUCGUCUCGGAGUCACUGCGAUGGGCCAGCCUAGUGUCCCUAGGCGUCGGGUGGACCGAGGCCGUGCACCGCCCGUUGCCUGUUUCCUCCAAGGGUCGCAGCAUGACGCUCAUGGACGGCGUGUUCACGCUCUUCAAUGUAGGAUCAUCAGUGACCGCGAUCAGACAGGGUGUCUACAUGAUAAAAGAGAAGCACAAACUUUUCGACAUCUGCCCCCGAAUCACGAGGACCGCCGCGGCCAGCUUCGCCAGCUCAGCAGUCCUGGUGACGCUGAGUAUCGUGUCGGCGUGGCGAAACAAGCGUGGACAGCCGUGCUCGGCCUACAUCUGGUCCAUCCUGGGUCUCCUGGCCACGGCAGCCAUCAUCGACGCCAUGGCAUCGGCGCAGCACCUGUGGACCUCGGACAGGAUGGUCUUGUCGGACUUCAACUACCAGAAUGGCGUGAUUCUCGUGAACAUAUUCUCCGUGUUCUUUCUACUGGGUUCAUUUCUCAGCACCGGUCUUCGAGACCGUGUCAUCUUCAAGAGCCACCGCCUCAAGUCGAGGGAGAGAAGUCAUGAUGACACUUCGUCACCACUCGGCAUUUUCGUCUGCUGGCCACUGCGCACCCACCUAGCCAACGUCGUCCUUCGAUCCAAGGUCAUCAUGGAGGACGUGCCCCUGCUGCCCCACAGGUACAAGUGCGGUCUGUUGCUGCAACAACUGAGCAAUCACCUGUCAGAAGGAUGGCACAAGACCAUGACUACGGGGCGCUUUGUAGCGACAAUCCUGCGGGUUCUGUGGAUCGAUGUGAUGUGGACAGUCGUGAGCACACUCGGCUACUUCGGAAGCGUGAUCAUCAAGGUGCCCAUUUUGGAGUCCCUCAUCGAGGCACCGGACAAUUGGAACCGCGCCACCUCAGCCACGCUCUUCGCGGCUGCUUCGGUGGCCGACUUGUUGUUCUGCUCCUACCAGACUCACGUGUCGCUGCGCCUGUGCGCACGAGUGCGAUCCAUGCUCCAAGCUGCCAUAUUCAACAAGAUGACGCGUCUGUCGCCGUCCGCACUCACCCGCAACCCGUCGGGCUACGUGGUCUCCGUGUUGGGCGUGGACUGCGUGCAGCUGUCGGCCAGCGCCCUGCAGUUCCCUCUUCCGAUAAUUGGCUCCCUGUGCAUGCCGGUGGUGCUCUGGGUGCUGGCGCUACGCGCAGGGACCGUGCCGGCGGUCGGUUGCGCCUUGUGGCUCAUGAUUGUCCUGUUCCUGCCCUUCCCGACGUCGGUCCUGCAGAACAUACUCUGGAAACGUGUAAUGCGGUUCCGCGACGAGCGUCUGAAGAGCACCGCCGACCUGCUGUCCUCGGUUCGCGUAGUCAAGUUGUACGCGUGGGAGGACGCCUACCUGGGCACCGUAGGACGACUGCGAGACGCCGAGCUGGCUGCACUUCUACGCACGAAUCUGCUGGACGGCCUCAUGGACUCCCUCUACAGCUCCACGUCUUCGCUGCUGACCAUCAUCCUGUUCGGCCUUCUGGCUGCCGUAGGAGGGACGCGAACUUUGACGCCGACGCUGUCCUUCUCGUGUCUCUACCUGCUCUCGCUCACCGACAUGAUCACCAAUAUGAUGGCCAACACUAUGAGGAUGAGGAGCCUGGUGUCACUUGGUCUGUCGAGGAUAUGCAAGUUCUGCACCGAAGAAGAGCAGGAGGAACGCCCUCAAGACUCUAAGGACCCCGCAAUACAGAAGGGCGAAGUGAUGUUGUCCGAGUGCAGCUUCUCGUGGACGCAGCACUCGUCGCACACGUCUUCCCCGGUGCCCAGCGAGGCGGCCCUCAGGAACAUCACGUUCCGGGCAGCACCUGGCUCCCUAGUGGGCGUCGUGGGGUUUGUUGGAAGUGGGAAAUCUUCUCUACUGGCCGCCAUCUUGGGAGACAUGCAUCGCACGCGAGGCGUCCUUCGCACGUCGGGAUCCAUUGCUUAUGUGUCUCAAGUAGCAGCAAUAUACAACAUGACCGUGAGGGACAACAUCACGUUCGGCAAACGGCUCGACCCGGGUCUGUAUGUACGAGUCAUCAAGGCUUGCGAACUCCUCAAUGACCUCAACUCAUUUCCUGCCGGUGACCUCACGGAAGUUGGGGAAAAGGGUGAGACUCUGAGCGGUGGACAGAAGCAGCGCAUAUCACUCGCCCGCGCAGUUUACAGCUGUUCGAACAUCUACCUGCUUGACGAUCCACUCAGCGCACUCGAUGCUACGGUGGCAGCCAGGAUCUUCAAGCACGUCAUUGGAAAGAACGGACUGCUCCGAAACACGACGCGCAUCCUGGUCUGCAACCAGGGCUCCCUCCUGAAGCACAUGGACCUGCUCUUGCUGAUGCACAGCGGCACUGCCUCGGUGUUCACUUCGGUAUCCGAGCUGCUCCAGCACAAGGACACGCCACGCACGGUCCGAGCGGCCGAUUCCAGACAGGCCAAAGGCAGGCAAAUCGCAGCCAGAGAAGGGAGAGAUGACAAGAACACUUUAGAUCAGGACGAAGCUAAAGGACGUGUCACAGUAGAAGAUGCCAUAACUUCAUCCAAGACUGCUAUGGAGGUGGCCAUCGCCUUGGGCCGAUUUUCCGGUGUGUGCGGACCUCUGGCGCUACUGUGCUUCGUGGCGAGCGCGGGCGCCGUGGCCUGGCAGCAGCUGUACGUGAAGGAGUGGACCGACGCCAUGGUUGCCGGAGCGUCCUCUUCAACCAACUGGGUUGGAGGACUGGUAGCCAUCUCACUAUCUGACGUGCUGUUCCGGACAGCAGGCGGGUUUCUCCUGGCGGCCAGUUCGCAGAGGCUCUCACGUCUCAUGCAUCGCUCCAUGUUAGAGCACCUUCUGGCCAGUCCGGUUUCUUUCUUCGACUCGACAUCUCGGGGCCGCAUACUGGCGCGCUUUUCUCUCGACCUGGAUGCCAUGGACUCCCGACUCUUCUUGGGUGCCAAGCAGAGCCUGCAGAAUGCCUUCAUCACGAUCGCAAAGCUUGUCGUUGUGGGCACGCAGACGCCACCUGUACUGGCCGUGGGAGCAGUCGCCAUCGUCGUUAUGAGCUACGCCAUGAAAUGCUCGAUACAGGCGUCAAACGCGGGCCGCUACCUGGAGAGCCGUCACGUGAGCCGCAUGCUGCAGCACGUGACCGAGACUCGGGACUCGCUGAGCACGGUGCGCUGCCUGGGAGCCGUGCCGCGCUUCAGGCGACACUACGAGCGCCUCUCGGACCUCGGGCUGCGCGCGUUCUCGACGUUCUCCAUGUGCUUCCGCUUCUCGCGAUUCGCGGCCGGCUCGUGUGGCCUGCUCGUGGUGCUCGCCGCUCUCGCCUUGUCCGUGGCCCUGGCCGGCCGCGACGCAUCGCCCGAGGCGAGCAGCAGCGUAGGGCUGGCGCUCAGCUCCUCGCUAUCGAUACCGAUGAUGACAGUAGCCCUAUGCCUGUCACUCUACGUGGUUCUACAGGUCACAGUCUCCUUCGAGAGAGAUCUAGAGUACACUGAACUACCUGCGGAGGUUGACGUUGAGAAAAGGGCGGCCGAUCAAGGCGACUCCGGCGACAGUCUUCUCGUUGCGACAGCAACACUCGAUGACUCGUGGCCCAGUAAAGGCCUCGUGGAAUUCGAGAAGUACUCGGCUUCAUAUCGUCCAGGAACACUGCCCGACGUACUCAAGGGUGUCACGUUCGUCGUCGAACCCCACGAAAAGGUGGGUGUCGUUGGGCGUACGGGUGCCGGCAAGUCGUCACUGGUUCUGGCCUUGCUGCGUGUCCUGAGGGCGUCGCGAGGCCGCAUCCUCAUCGAUGGUGUGGACGUGUCCACAGUGCCACUGCGAAAACUUCGCUCCGCCGUCACCGUUAUUCCACAGGACCCCAGUCUGGUGCGUGGCAGUCUUCGGGACAACCUGGACCCUACCCGAAGUCACUCGGACGCGCAGCUCUGGACAGCGCUCCGGCAGGCGCAUCUGUCCGACGUAGUCGCUGGCCGACAGGAGGGGCUGCUUCUCGAGACAGGAGACGGAGGCUCUAAUCUCAGCGUCGGUCAACGACAGCUGGUCUGUCUGGCUCGUGCUCUGCUUCGUGGGCCCAAGAUUCUCGUUCUGGACGAGGCGACGUCACAGAUGGACGGCGACACUGACCACUUAAUCCAGGCCACGCUGAGGGACGCCUUCGCCGAGUGCACAGUGAUAGCCAUCGCUCACCGCAUCCACACAGUGCUCGACUACGACAAAAUUCUUGUGAUGUCGGAGGGUACCGUUCUGGAGUACGGGCCGGUGAAGACGCUGCUCUCGGACACAACUUCGGCGUUCUACGCGAUGGCAAGAAACGCUGGAGCCUUGCCGUUCGACGUCCAAUGUCCAGACAUCGCAGCAAGCGCUGGACGAUGAAGUGACUAAGAGCAUGAAGGCGCUCUUGCUGGUCGUCAAAACGUGCAUCGAUAUGGUUACCAUAACAUGACUGGGAUAAUUGAACGACAGAAAUCACCCACAGUUUCGAAGUGCGAACCUAAAGUGUUUGAAUGUUACAAAGGAACUAGCCCGGCACGAAGAUUAUUCGGUAGUUAUCGGUGGUGGUCGUUGGUGGUUAUCUGCAGAGUACGACACGCUUUCGUGGCGGAAAAUAGGUCGAAUUUUUAAACUGACGUUCUUGUGUUCUUUCUCACGGGAGACGCUCUUGGUUAUAGAAGAUAUUGCUUUCGUCACAGCCGUUAUUUGUAACUUCACUGGCCACGACCCGCGAAUCCACUUCUUCGGUCAAUGCAAGACCUCAACACAUGUGUUUCACAAGCCAAAUUAGAGAAAAGAAGAGGGGGGGAGGCGGGCUUGUCACGUUAUGAUGAAGUGCUCACUACAGCUGUUAUAGUGCUUCUCGGUUGCAAACUACUGUUGUAUAGAGAGAAAGCGUUAAUACAGACUGUAAAUCCCGUCUUUUGGGCGUUAAUAGUCAAGGCGCAUAUUUCAAACGUGUCUGCUGGACCUGUUGCUGCAGCGUGUCGGAGCGGUAUGAGUGGUUCGACGGCAGGAGUGAAGAAAUAUUACCCUUCAUUCCGGCUCUCAAAUCACUUACAGUCUUAUCAUAAAUUGUUAAUUUUAUCUUAACUUGUCUGGUAUUUUGACGAAAUCCUAUUAACAUUGCCUUCUAACGUGCAAUCAAAAUUUUCAGUGGGACCUCGUGGCAAGCCCGUUCAGGACACAUCCAAUGAAGUAUAAGAGGCCACACAAAAACAGCAACCGUCACGUCUUACUCUUAAGAAAUUACGUGUUAGAGAGCCGUAAAUGGUCUUAGACGAUCAGUUCGGCGGCCCAUUUACGUUGUUUUGUCUCUGACAAGGACAGUAAGCAUUUAUUUAGAUAAUGGACCACACAGCGUAGCGUGCGAUUUGAAGAAAUGGUUCUCUGCAGGCGCUGUUUUUAGUUUAGGAGGCAGGUUGAAAACAACGAUCGUCUGCCGUUGACCCUUUCUUGUGUAGUUUUCUUCAUUCAUUUUUUUAAUGCAAUACAGAGCUGUUCAUUGAUGCCGCAUUUAAAUGUUUGUAAUACUCUUCAUCAAACAUCCUCACGCUAACAUCGGUUUUGAAAAUAGUUGAGAAAUUAUACUUCGUGCAUAAUUCCUCUCUAUUUAAGACGUUUACGGUGAUUCUUUCAUCAAUAGAAUUCUGUUAACGUUAUCUUUAGUGCAUGUUUUCGCUGUUCUUAGACGCUGCAGCAGAUCGUAAAACUAUUGCGCGCUUUUCGCUGGACCUUCUCACGUUCAUUCACCUCAGCAUUGUUGUUUACUCUUUCAUAAAACAGCGUACAGGUUCUUUAAUGUGUCACAUAGAAAUGUUUGUAAUAGUGCACUGUUCCUCUCGCGCAAAGACCGUCGAAGGAAGUUGGUAAGUACGUUCGUUAAAUUUGAGCCUGUGUACUGUCGGUGCUAUCAAAAUCGCCUAAAAAACACAAAAAAGAAUGGUUCUUAUCCCUCAGAACAACUUGACGACAAUGCAUCUACAGUCCAACAAUGCACGCGCUAUUUUUCGGAGCCAAACAUCAUCAGUAUCACUGAAUGUGGUUGCUUUGGAAUAAAGAUUUUGAGUGCAAGCUACACAA